CCGGUGCGAAAGGGCCGCACGACAGACAAAGUAGAGACCCGCGCUCGUACUCACGCGUUUUUUGCAAUGCCGUUUUUCACUGCACCGUUUCACGCUGCUGUCUCUGUCGAGUCAAUGCUUGGUGAACUAGAAGAAACGAGACGAAAUAUUUUUUGAUAUUAUGUAAACGAUGGCUUUGUCGCAUCAGUGGUUCAUACAGUGGUCUUCACCGCCUUCACUGUUUGCGGAUAUUAACAACCGGUACAAAAGUGUUAACACCUGGAACAAUGGCAAGCCCGAGUGGGCUUGGGAAGUGACUUUACAAAACAGUGAUAACGGCUACGAGUUAUCGGAUUACAGGCAACAUGUUGACGAAAACAAUUUUGGAUAUAGUGAACAUACUAAUCCUAAGCAAAAUGAGGCGACCCGCGCGGCUGGACUGGCGCUAUGGCUGACCAUGCUGGGAGUAGCGCGCGCGCAGAGCAUACCAGCCGACACGGAGACGCCGCCUUUCAACACACUCUACAAGUGGAAGCACGUAGACUUCGAAUUCCCCUCGCCUAGACACCGUAGGCAGGCAAUAGCUGAUGGAAAGUACAUUCCAGAGAAUGUUCUCCCCCUGGGCUUAGAAGUGUGGGGCUCACGGGUGUGGGUCACGCUGCCGAGCUGGCGGAAAGGAGUGCCCGCCACCCUGGCCACGGUGCCGAGAAACGGCGGCAUGGCCUCGCCGCCUCUUACGCCUUAUCCUGACUGGACUUAUCAUAGAGCUUACAACAAUGGACAAAACUGCACUGGGCUAACAUCAGUGUUUCGAGUGAACGCAGAUCCAUGCGGAAGAUUAUGGGUCCUGGAUUCCGGACAAAUAGAUUCACAAGAUAAGCCUAGACAGAUCUGCCCUCCAAGCAUUGUGCUGUUCGAUCUAUACUCUGAUAAAAUUAUUAACCGUUUUGUGAUUCCCAAAAAAUAUGUUUUGCAAGACUCCUUGUACUCAAAUAUUAUAGUCGACACACGGACGCAAGAUUGCUCUGAUGCCCACGUUUACAUAGCCGAUACUUGGCGUUUCGGCCUCCUAGUCUUUAGAGAAAAAGAUGCACAUUUUUGGAGAUUUUCACAUCAUCUGUUCUACCCUGAUCCUUUGGCAUCCAAUUUUACACUUCAUGGUGUCAACUUUCAAUGGACAGAUGGAAUAUUCGGUCUUGCACUGAGCCCUAUUGGUCAAUAUGAGGAGCGGAUUUUAUUUUUCCAUUCUCUAUCAAGCUACAGAGAGUUUUAUGUAUCAACAGCGGUUCUUCAAGACCCUUCAAGAACAAAUAGUAGUGCAUCAGAGUUUAAUCUAGUCGGUGAUAGUAGAGGUUUAGCUGGGCAAUCAUCCGCAUCAGCCGUUGAUAGGCGAGGCGUAAUGUUCUACGGACUCGUCUCGAGAGACAGUAUUGGAUGCUGGGAUUUAAAGAAACCGUACCAUAAAAGGACUAUUGGAGAGGUCGCGAAGAAUUCUGACACUCUCGUAUUCCCUAAUGACAUAAAAGUUGAUCAGGAUGAGCAACAAAGUGUGUGGGUAAUAUCGAAUAGACUACCGAUGUUCCAAGCGGGCCCAUUGGACCCGGACGACUACAACUACCGCAUUUUGUACGCAGAUACCGCGGAGGCUGUGAGGGGUACAGUCUGUGAUCCUGAAGAAUCAACACUGAUGGAACCAAAAUCCCUGCUGUUUAAACUCGGUAUCUUAACGCUGUUUGUGACUCAGUGCUUUGCUGUCGACAAAGCCAUAGGCACUCUGUACAGAUGGAAACAAAUUGACUUCGAAUACCCAACGCCUGAAGAGCGACUAGCAGCUAUACGAAAUGGAGAGUUUAACCCAAUUAACACAAUCAUCCUGGGGGUCGAACGAUGGAAGGAGCGAGUGUUUGUGAGCACUCCAGCUUGGAAGAAAGGCGUCCCAGCUACUCUUUCUUCUUUACCGAUUGACGUGGAGUCGGAGUCUGCACCACUGCGUCCAUUCCCCAACUGGGACUGGCAUAGAGCAGAAAACUGCACUGGCUUCACAUCGAUCUUCCGCAUGAGUAUUGAUCACUGCGGCACCAUGUGGGUUCUCGACUCCGGUCAAGUUGAGGCUUUUGAAACCCCUCGUCAGCUGUGUCCACCAUCUCUCAUAGCGAUAGACUUGGCAACAGACUCUGUGGUUGCACGUUAUGAGAUACCCCCUGAAUACGUCCUACAAAACUCUCUUAUUAGUAACAUCGUGGUUGAUUCGAGAGACGCUCGUUGUAGAGAUACUCACGUUUACAUUGCUGACACAUGGCGAUUUGGCCUCAUCGUAUUCCGAGCCUCUGAUGCUGUUUUUUGGAGAUUCAGUCAUUUCACAUUCUUCCCGGAGCCACUGAUGUCAAACUACACGUUACAUGGAUUAAACUUUCAAUGGACAGAUGGAAUAUUUGGAAUGUCUCUGGGCCGACUCCAGAAUGGCGACCGACCGUUGUAUUACCACGCAAUGUCAAGUUCGCGGGAAUUUGUAGUACCAGCGUCAGUGAUUCGAGAUCAGUCACGUGUUUCAAAUUCAGUAGGAGAAUUCAAACUUCUCGGUAAUCGUGGGGAUGAAGGACAGAUUUCUGCCGCAGCCGUGGACCGCAACGGUAUUAUGUUCUUUAACCUCAUUUCACAAGACAGUAUCGGGUGUUGGAAUACGCUCAAACCAUAUGAAAACGAUAACUUAGGCAUCGUUGCACACAAUGAAAGAACACUUAUAUUUCCCAACGAUCUCAGGCUUGACCACGAGAUACCACAGAGAGCAUGGAUAAUCACGAAUAGACUACCGAUGUACCAAUUCAAUUUGAUUGAUCCAAAUGAAUACAAUUUUAGAAUUAUGUUUUUGGACCCAGUGAAAGCAGUUCAAGACAAUGUAUGUAAAAUUUAGG